AUGCCAGAGCUACCCGGAGGAGGCGGUGGGGUUGAGGCAACUUCUGCUAGAAAUUCAAUCUUAGUGGAUGCCACCAAGAGCGAAGCCCAGAAGCAGAGGGACGAGCUCGCGCCAGCCAGGCAGGGGUUGAGUGACAUGAAGAGCCACGUGGACGAUGGUGACAUGGCUGGGGCCCCAGCUACCUCCCCGGACCCCGUUCGGCUGAAGGCGCAGCUGGGGCGGACACCACCAUCCUGGAGGCCGAGCAGACGCAGAGGCAGCAGCUCGGGCGGAGCUGGAGGAGGCUCAGACCUGGGUGAGGAGCUGGAGAAGGUCCGCGCAGCCGCCCCUGGAGUCAGAAACCCGGGGGGCUGUGCAGCGGCAGGAGAGACUGGAAAAGGAGGACGCGCCGCCACCGGGCUGCAGGCGCUUCUGCAGAGGGGCCGGGGCAGCUGGCAGGGGAGGAGGGCACAAGACAAACUUGCUGGUAUCGGAGGGAGCGAGGCUGGGGCCUCCCGUCCCCCUGCAGGCUGGGUGUCCGGGCUCGCGGCCCGCACGCGGUGCCCGAGUGGAGGGUCCCGCCCCCGCGCCCCACGUGUCUUCCAGGCGCCCAGAGGCCAACGGUCCCCAGCCGCGGGCGCUGCAGCUCCGGCCGAGUCCGCAGACCUCGGGAGCGUCCGGAGGGCGAACCCCGCGGCAAGGCCCGCCCCGGUGGCCCCCAUGAGCAGCUCCCCCGGCAGGCCCCCGCCCGCGCCGUGCCCCCGGGGUCGCCGGAGCCCGCGGCCACCGCCGUCCCGGACUCCGGGCCCCGUUCAGUACGUCCAGUGGGGGCGGCCGGCACCCAGCACCCGCCUCCCCGAGCUGCGGCCCCGCCGGGACCCCGCCAAGCCCCAGCGGGGGAUCCCCGAGGCCUGCAGCCGCCCGGCCGGGCCCGGGGACACUGCCCCGCGGCGAGACCCCGCCUGCGCCGGGGAGGACUGCAUGAAGCGGGGGCCGUGGCGAGCCGCGAACCCAGGAGGCACCUGGAGCCCGGUGACCAUCAGGACCGCCCCUCCCGAGCACCCCGAGAGCCCCUGGGGGUCCCCAGGAAUGCAAGCCCGCCCCGCAGGCCACCCCGCCGCCCAGGAGCCCGCCGACCCCUGGACCCCGGAGACCCAGCUGACGGCGCUCGGCCCGGGCCGCAGGGGGAGCGCCACGAUGGGCGGGCCGCUGGGGGUGCAGGCCCCAGGCAGCAAGGGCGGCAGGCGGAACCCGCAGCCCCGGCCCUCCGCCUUCAAGCCGCUGACCAAAAACGGAGCGGUUGCGUCCUUCGUGCCCAGGCCAGGGCCUCUGAAGCCCAGCCUCGGCUCCUGGAGCCUCGGUGUCUUCGACGACGCGCGGCCCUUGGUGCUGGUGCAGCCCGCCCCGUCCGCGGUGUGGGCGCUCUGGGAGGCCAGGCCGCCGGCCUGCGGCAGCUGCACCUCGGUCCCCUUCGCCCUCCAGGACGCCCAGUCCGCCGGCCCCUUCGGCCCCUGA